AUGAAUGAAUUUCUACGACUUGAAGGAAGAGGCCAGAAUUCAGACACCCCAUGUGUGUGUGGUGUGGAGGAUGCCAUGUUUCGGUGUCAGGAUUGUUUCUCUGUCGAGCUUGCAUGUCGAUCAUGCACCAUUAGAUUGCACCAUAACUCCCCGUUCCAUAGAAUUAAGGAAUGGAAGGGUGGAUUUUUCCACCCUGUUUCAUUGAAAUCUAUGGGCCUGCGCAUUCAACUUGGACACCCUCCUGGUACCACUUGUUGCAGACCCACACCUGCAUUUGGCGAUGAUUUCGUGAUUAUCGAUGUCCAUGGUGUGCAUCCAACGGGACUUGAUUUUUGCGGAUGCGAGCAUGAAGUUUCGCACUUCAAACAACUACUCUGUGUGCGCUUAUUCCCUUCUACGGUGACUGACCCAAGAACGGCAGCAACAUUUGCUGUCUUGGAGUUCUUUCACAUACUCUCCUUCGAGUCUAAAGUGUCUGCAUUUGAGUUUUAUCAUAGCUUGGCAUGGCGGACUGACAACACAGGAAUCACACCGAUUCACAUAGAUCAGGACCGCUAUUCGGUGUUUCUAAGGAUAGUCUGCAAGUGGAGAAACAUCAAAGCACUCAAACAUUCAGGUCAUGGCCACCAUCCCACAGGAAUAAGUUCCACUCAAGAUGGAGAUCUGGCUGUUCUCUGCCCUACAUGCCCACAUCCAGGAAAAAACCUUCCUACUAACUGGGAAACUUCACCUUCGAGUCAGCAAUGGAAGUACGCACUCUUUCUUGCUAUAGAUGCCAACUUUCAACUCAAGCGCUGGAUGGUGUCGACUGAUCAACGAGAUCCUGGCCUUAGCCAAGGAUGGGGCUAUUUCGUCAAUGAGAGUGAAUAUAAGCGGUACCUGAGCACCAAUGGUGAGACCCUUCAAGAGAAAAGCAACUGUGUCAGCCAUAAUGCAGUUAACAUGGCUGAUACGAAGUCAUCAAGGGGACUUGCUGCAACUGGAGUGGGCACCGUGGAUUGUGCAUGCCAUGAUAUGAAGUUAGCUAAUGGCGUCGGUGACUUACAGAAGGGUGAAAAAUAUCUAAAUAUGGACUAUCUCAUUUUCUCUGCUCUCGCCAGAUUCUCUACCCUGUCGACAAUCAACUUUUCAUACGAUAUUGCGUGCCAGUGGCACAAAAAGUUGUGGGAUCACUUGCCCACACUACCACCUCAUCUUCAGUUCAAUCGAGAGGGCAAGACCGUUAAUUUUUUUGUGCCGAAGUUUUAUAUCGCUGCACAUAUCGAAUCCUGCCAGACUCAAUUUUCAUUCAAUUGGACUCCAGGGGUAGGACGGACUGACGGAGAAGCACCUGAGCGUGGAUGGGCAAACAUCAAUCGUGUGGCCAGCAGUACAAAGGAAAUGGGUCCUGGAGCCCGACGCGACACACUCAAUGACCAAUUCUCCAAUUGGAACUGGAAGAAGAUUACAGCUCUCGGUAAAACUAUGUUACGAAAAAUGACGGAAGCCGUCAUCGCUCAGAAGGAGCACCGUCUUGCUCUCUGGGAACUCGAGAGCUCUAUCAAUGACUCUGAAGUAGGAGCUGCUUCCCUCGCUGCAUGGAGGACAGAGAUUGAAGCUUGGGAGAUGGACUGCUCACAACCUAAUCCAUUCCAGAGAAGAGUUGGCGCAAUGACCCAGGCAACUGUGCGGCUAGAGUUAGCACAGCGGGAUGCAAACGAGUUGGAAGACAGGUCAGCAAUAUCACUCCACGCCGAAGUUACCUGCAGUGUUCUCAUUAGCACUGGUAUUGACCUCGAAGAUGCCCAAUGCUGUUUGCGUGUCGAUUCCUCCGCACUUGGUCAGCACGCAACUGAUAUCCAGAGGACCAAGGUAUUAACUCGAAGGAACGCACUGCAACACCGCCUAGAUGCAUGGACCGACAUUCAAAAACUCUAUAUGCCAGUGGUUCCAAACCUCCAAAUCUCUUCAAUCCUCCCAACCGGCAGCAACAGCAAUGACAGUGGCUGUCCAGUCCCAGAUCCCACCUCUGGAAAGGCAGAAGACUUUCAGUUGCUUCUGCCUUCCGAGAUCUGUAACGUUGUGCCAUGCAACAAGACACUCCUGGAAACAGAAUGGUCCCUGUGUUUCGCCCAAGCUACUGAUGCUCUGAACGAGUGUCGUUCGCAUAUUCAACUGCGCCGUCAGCUGUAUCAGUUCAAGGUUCAGCAUCUACGCGGACAAGGGCCCAAUACUUGCGCACGCAAAACUAUGGAUGCAGUUGAGGAACGUCUUAUGCUGAGCCAUGCUAAGUAUGCAAGUGCUCAUGAGGCACUUCUCUCCUUAGCUCCUCACCUUGAACGGAUAGGAUGGGAGCACAAAUUGCAGCCCCUGAAAAAGACGCACCUCAGACCAAUCGGGGACCUUGGACAGCAAACUCAAGGCACAGUGAUUAUGUCGUGGAUUUGGUUAACUCACGGAAUUUCUUCUGACGACAGCGAAGGACUCCAAGACUCGCUUCACGUCGAAUGGUGUAAAGCCCGAGCGCGUCGUAAUAGGUGGUUGGAGGAAGUCCAGCUCUUAUUAGAAGAAAUGCGACGUGUUCUAGCCUUUCUCAAUUGGGAGGGAGACUCCUGGGAGUCGUGCGCAACCCUACCAGCUGUCGAACAGCCCAAGGAAAAGGAGGGUAUGAUUGCAUAUGCUCACCGUCAGGCUCACAUCCGACGAGGUUUAGUGGCAGCUUUUGCGGAACAUUGGAAGAGAGUCCCGCAACUCGUGGCCUCGAACUUGGAUGACGAUCCGAGUGCUGAUGAUGUCGAAGGAGUCUCUUUGGAUGCGCCUCCUUGUGAAUAUAUCGAGGGACCUGAUGAAUAA